AUGGUUCGAGCAGUGCUGUGUACGGCUAAUAGUCGUACGGUUGAACAGAUUGUUGAUAUGAGCAAAAUUCGCUCCCAGUUAAAUGAGCAAUUGCGUUGCUUAGAAACUCGAACAGAAGCGCAGACUGCUAUUUUAUUGGAACUAAAUGAUUACUAUCGGAAGAAGGCGGAACUUGACGGCGAGUAUGGGAAGCAGCUCGAAAAACUUGCAAAAAACAUUAUGCAAAAACAUAAAAAUGAGCGAUAUAAAAUUUUACUAACAUUUGAAAAAUGUUGGCAGAAUCUCACGGGCACCGGCAGUUUUGUGCUUGUCACAACUAACCUCGGAGCAGUGCAAAUUUUGCUGGACAAGGUGGAUGUGACGGUAGAAGUUGCUAGUUCAAAAUGGAAUUUUAAUGUGAAAUAA